ACAAGAAGAAGAAGAAGAAGAAGAGCAGCUGGCUGAAUAUAUGUAAAAAUGAGGUUCCGCUUUUGUGGAGAUCUCGACUGUCCUGACUGGGUCCUUGCAGAAAUGAGCACCUUAGCUAGGAUGUCGAGCGUAAAGAUGAAACUUCUGUGCGUGCAAGUCAUUAAAGAUCUGCUCGAUGAAGACAUCGAUUAUGACAAAGUUUCAAAGCUAACCUCAGACGCAAAGUUUGAAAGCGGAGACAUUAAAGCCAGUAUAGCAGUGCUGAGUUUCAUUCUGUCCAGUGCUGCUAAGCAUGACGUGGACAGUGAAUCUCUCUCCAGUGAGCUUCAGCAGCUCGGCCUCCCUAAAGAGCACACCACUGGACUGUGUAAGUCAUAUGAGGAUAAACAUGGCGCUCUACAGGAAAAGUUGAGGGAGAUCAGUUUGCGCUUGGGUCGUCUGGAAGCGGUGAACUGGCGGGUCGAUUACACCUUGAGCUCCAGUGAACUGAAGCAAGUGAAUGAACCCACGGUUCAGCUCAGACUUCAGGCUCAGGACCCCGAGACAGACUCCACACAGACCACCACUGUCUCCAUCACCGCUGACAAGUUCAGAGUACUGCUAACAGAUCUCAAACAAGCACAGACUAUGAUGAAUGCACUACAGUGAACCAGUCAGCAUUUGUUGAAUUAUAUUGCUGAAAUGUGCACAGAAUCUGUUCGUGUUUAUAAACUCUUUCUAUAUAAAAAAAAAAAAACAUGUAACAUUAUGCAUUUUGUAAGCUCUUCACAGAAAAUGUUAACUAAUGUUGUUCAAAUUGAGCAGCCGAUUUUUUUGGUCCAAAUGUCACUAUAAAUGGAAUGUGUAAUUUGUUUAUCUGUGUCAUCCAAUGAAUAAACUGUUCUUAGUGAUUCCCCUAACCUCAUGUAUCUGCCUUAAAUAUGUUAAUAUCAUGUGCAUUUUUACAAAUGUAUUAUUAAAAUGAAAAUAGUAAUAAAGUCAUAAUUAAAAUUGUG